UGCUAGCAUCUGUCAUAAAUAGUGACAAUAUUUGGAUUUUAUUCGCUCUCUGUCGAAAAGCAAUCCUUUCAUUAUUGCUGCACGAGCUUGGAGCAGUAAGAAAGGUGUGCUCUUUCGAAAAAAGAGCUGUGAAAUUUUUUUUGGACGAGCUUAACCCCUGAUUUCACGGUGUCUGUCAAAUUUUCUCCGACGCCAGCAUCAACCGCGGCGGCGUCGGGACAUCGUUUGAGUAACACUGACGUAACAACAACAAUGGAGGAAAACGACAUCGAGGAUGUCUCCUUUUUACCUGGAGACACCCGUGCUCACAAGAAAUCUGUGUAUGAGCCGUCGGGCUCUCAACGGUGUCGACAGAUCAUCUGCAGUCGCAACAAGGCCAUGGCAGCAACUAUCGCUACUGGGCUCGUCAUUCUUGCUGUUGCACUAUUCGCUGCUUUCGCGCGACCCGUUCUCCACCCAUCAUGCCCUGUGGCUAGCUAUUUUAUCAAUCAGUCAACCACUGAAACUCCCGUUCCCAUAACCACAACGCCAGAACUCGCCACCAAUGGGAAGCCGUUUCCGUGGAAGAAAAUUCGGCUUCCACGAGACGUCAUUCCCGAAUGGUACCACAUCCAUAUGCAUCCGAAUCUCACAGAGUCCUGGUUUCGAGGAAAUGUCGAAAUGCACCUCAGAGUGCUGAAAGCAACAAAUUUCAUUGUGUUUCACGUCAAGGAGAUGAACAUCACCAGCUACAGCUUGAAAUUUGAUAAGACGGAUGGAGAAGAGAUUAGUGUUGUGGAAGCUCUGGAGUAUAAGAAAUUUGAACAAUAUUAUCUGGGUCUGGAUCGCACCUUGACGAAGAACGAACAGAUUUUGCUGAGAGUAGAAUUCAGGGCUAAGCUUGUGAGCAAACUGGCAGGGCUUUACAAGAGCAUGUACCAUACUAAAGACAACCAGACCAGAGUUAUAGCCACAACUCAUUUUGAAGCAACAGAUGCUCGUGCUGCAUUUCCCUGUUUUGAUGAGCCAGACAUGAAAGCGAACUUCAGUCUAUCAAUGGUCAGAGACAUGCAUCACAUCUCUCUGUUCAACAUGCCUCUCCUGAACAGCACCCCCUACAAAGGGAGUGCACUCCUGAUGGAGGACAAGUUUGAAACCAGUGUCAAGAUGAGCACAUACCUGGUGGCUUUUGUGGUCUGUGACUUUGCCAACCUGACAGAUUAUACUAAGUCUGGUGUCAUGGUGCGGGUUUUUGCUCCUACCGAUGUGAUUCAGCAGGCCAGGUUUGCUCUGGAUACUGCAAUCCAGAUCCUGGAUCAUUAUGACACAUUCUUUGGGAUCAAGUAUCCACUACCUAAGCAAGACCUGAUAGCAAUCCCAGACUUCGCUGCUGGAGCCAUGGAGAACUGGGGACUGAUUACCUACAGGACAACGUCCAUCUUGUACGACCCAGGGGAAUCCUCCACCGCCUCACAGCAGUGGGUCGCCAUCGUCGUGGCCCAUGAACUCGCCCAUCAGUGGUUUGGAAACCUGGUGACCAUGAAGUGGUGGGAUGACCUGUGGCUUAAUGAAGGGUUUGCCAGCUUUGUGGAGUACCUGGGAGUGGAGAGUGUGAAACCAGAGUGGAAACUGUUUGACCAGUUUGUGGCCCAGAACCUGUUGGGGGCCCUGAACCUGGAUAGCCUGAGUAACUCUCAUGCAAUACAAAUCCCGGUGCACAAUCCCAACCAGAUCAAUGAGAUAUUUGACUCCAUUUCAUAUGACAAGGGAUCUUCUAUACUGAGAAUGUUGCAGAACUUUGUUGGGAUGAAGAAGUUCAAGGCUGGUUUACACAACUACCUGAAGGACUUCAGUUACAGUAACACACAAACUUCAGACUUGUGGGAUGCUCUGUCUCAGGUGGCUGAUAUAUCUGAGCUUGAUGGGGAUGUGAAGACAGUGAUGGACACAUGGACUCGGCAGAUGGGGUACCCUGUGGUGACCCUCACUAGGACAGGGAACAAGAUCGAGGCAACACAGGAGAGGUUCCUUCUCUACGCAGGGGAGACAGUCAAUCCUGUCACCUCACCGUUUAAUUACAAGUGGUAUAUUCCGUUGAACUAUAUCUCCUCUGAAGAGAUCACCCCUGCUUCCUCUUUGUGGAUGAAACUUAACUCAGCAUCUUUCACUGUUCCGCCCGAGACAACAUGGAUCAAGGCAAACUCUGGGAUGUACGGAUUUUACCGUGUGAAUUAUGAUGAGAGCAUGUGGGAUGAGUUGAUCACAGUCCUCAAGUCUGAUAACCACCAGGUGUUCUCAGCUGGAGACAGAGCCGGGCUCAUUGAUGAUGCCUUUGCUUUAUCCAGGGCUGGCCGCAUGAAGAUAACAACGGCCCUGGACCUCAGCACCUAUCUUGUCCAUGAGCAGGAUUACGUCCCUUGGGUGGCCGCCAUUGACAAUUUGGAUUACAUCGGUCACAGAUUGCUGGACAGACCAGCGUAUGCAGACUUCAAGGAGUACUUUUUGAACCUGCUGAGUCCAAUUAUAGGUAAACUGGGUUGGGAAGACAAAGGAUCUCACCUGGACAAGUUCCUGAGACAAAUGGUGUUAAGAGAGGCGGUGUACUUGGGACAGGGGAGUGCUGUACCAGAAGGGAAGAGACACUUUGACCAAUGGAUGAACGAAGGGAAAAGUCUGGACCCUAACCUGAAGAGUGUGAUAUACCAGGCUGGAGUUCAGUAUGGGGGAGAGAAGGAGUGGGAAUUUUGCUGGAAGAGAUAUCAAACAACGAAAGUUGCAUCGGAGAAGAAGCUGAUGUUGUCAGCAUUGGCUGCCACUCGAGACACACAACUUUUGACACGAUAUCUCCACUAUAGUCUGGACUCAAAUAAGAUCCGCUCUCAGGAUUGUGCCAGUGUGAUAGGGAGUGUGGCCGUUAACCCUUCUGGAAGGCUGUUGGCAUGGCGAUUUGUCCGGCAAAACUGGGCCACCAUUCUGGAGAGGAUGGGCAGUGGACUGUUUACAGGGAGCCGCAUCAUUCGUAGCAUUGCCUCCUCCUUCUCCACACAGUUUGAUUUUGAUGAGGUGGAAUCUUUCUUCAAGGAUCGAAAUGUAGGGUCUGGUGAAAGGGCCGUGAAGCAGGCACUGGAGAGCAUUAAGAUGAACAUGCAGUGGCUGGAAUCUCACGAGAAAAGUGUCUCCGAGUGGCUUCAUCAACAUAAGAACAUACCUCAAAAUGCUUAGUGGGUAAAUUUAUCAACACAACAACAUACCAUAAAAUAAAUCGUGGCCGAAUUAAUCAGAACAAAAUUGUAUAACAAAAUCUUUAAGUGUCUAACUUCAUCAGUACAAAAACAUAAACAGAAACAGAAAAAUACCACAAAAUGCUUAAUGCCUUGUUUCGUCAGAACUAGAACAUAAAUGCUUAGCUGCAAUCCACGCCAGUACAGGAACAUAAAAGACAAUUUACACAUAAAAUAUACCAGACAGUCAUGAAAGACGAACCUGAAGAUAUCUCCACAUUUGCCUGAUCUGACGCUAAAAAAAGAUGAUGUAGUUUGUAGCCAGAUUGUGGUCGAAUGUGAGUGUUCUGUGUCAUGGGUGAUGUAAGGAGGACAAUUGAUGACACUGUGUUUGCUGAAGAGUCGUCCAAGAGAAAAAAAGCAGAAGCAAACGUUGGGUUUUGAUCCCGUGAGAUUCUGUCAAUUUUCUCAAUAAAACAUAUACACACUAGGUGCAUCAGGAUAACAGCCCCUAAAUAUGGCCCUGUUUCUCAACCUAAGAAAUCGUAGGUUAUAAAAUUGAUUGUAACAUGGCAACAUAUGCAUUUAGCUGCAACAUGGUAACAUACACUGCAUGGGUUUAGCUUUUGUUGCCACGAUGUGAUCCUCCGCUUGUGUUCAUAUUGUCUUCCCAGGGUAUUGUUCUCAGACCUGAACCAAAGCAUUACACGCUGAAAACUGACGUUCUGUUAUAUAUACAUUUAACCUUAAUACUGUAUAAUCUAACAUGUUGACCGUAGUAGAGGAGGGAAAGCAUUUAUAUUUAUAAAUUAACGCUAUUUAAAGUGGGUGGAAUUCAAACCUUUACACAUUCAUAUAGUUCAGUGAUAAUCAGAUCAAAUCAUAUAGGUGUAUUCCUCAUUAUCAGUGUUAAAACUUUGGUAACGAUUCUACAUCCUCUUGACAGUCGUUACACAGCAUAAUAUUUUAACAUGUUUGCACACUCACAUUUAACACCGAUUUAA